AUGGAGCCUGAAAGUUCGGCCAUCGGGGUCGUUAGUCUCGCCGGGCUGUUCAACGCCUGUCUGGGGACUGUCGCGAGAAUCGAUGCCAACAAAGAAUUCAGGAGUGACUCGCAAGCUCUCGCAGCCCAAUUCCAUGCCAUCAGGCUUCUCUUUGAGCGAUGGGGUCGCGCGGUCGGUCUCGAGAAGGGACAGGUCUCGGUUCAUCACCACCCCGUCCUGGAAGACCAGUCUGUUUGUCUCGUGGUCGCUGAAAUCAUUUCGAUGAUCCGGAACAUAGUCGUCGGUCUAGAGACUCUAGAAGAUGCAGCAGCCACAAAGCCGUCCGGCUUGACUCGACGCCCGGCUAUCUCAUCCGCUCCCCUGGCGCCAAAACGACAGAAGCUUGCGUCGGCGCUGAGAGGAAAUGAGAGUCUGGCCGCUGAAGUAGAAACGGUAGACGGUUUAGUUCGAAAGCUGUAUGAGCUCAUCCCUACCGGGGACUCGAGCAAGGCAGCCGAAAUCAAUGCAACCAACAGUGACGCCUUUCGGAAGCUACAAGCCGGCACAGAAUCGUGGACCAAGGAAAUCCAGAGCACGCUGAAGAAAAUUGAGCAAGACAAUGAGGCCGAGACGCGGAGGGAAUUGCACAUGUGGAUAGCAGCCGACAUUCCGAGCGACGUCUAUGAAGAUCUCAAAGAGACUCGAGCACCAGGCACCUGUAACUGGAUCCUAGACCGAAAGGAGUUUCGCGGCUGGCUCAAGUCAAAUGAGAACUCUUCCGUGUCCCCGGUGCUGUGGGUUAAUGCCAUUGCAGGCUGUGGGAAGACUGUAUUAUGCGCAAGGGUAGUUGAGCACCUCUCAGAGACCCUAAACACGCCUAUUGCUCAAUUUUUUCUGUCCUCCCAAAACGCGAGCCGGGAUGACCCUUACCUAGCUAUCCGAUCAUGGAUUGUUCAGGUUAUAGGUCAGAACGCCGAUGCAUUCAACCUUGUUCGAACAAAACGGCUGUCCCAACACGAGCAGACUGCGAGCCGCAUGACUAUCAUCUCUCUUUUUCAAGAAAUAUCACAAACAAUACCUAGCUGUACCUUCGUUUUAGACGGCCUUGAUGAGUGUAAUUGGGUUGGCCCUCAUCACCAAAACCAUAACUCGAUCAAGGCCUUCCUGCAAAUCGUUGGAGAAACUAUGGAGAGAUCCACUAGUCGUUUCAUUCUGUUUAGCCGCAACGAUGAAAGUAUCCGAAACAGCUUGCACGAUAGUCUUGCUCGUGGCUUUAAUGAAAUACGGGUGAUGGCUCGCGAUGUAUAUGACGAUAUCGUCUCCUAUUCAAGAACUAUCGUUAACGAAAAAAUAUCAAACAAGCCCCAAGAUCUCAAAGAGAACAUUUCGCAACAACUAGCGGACCAAUGUGAUGGACAAUUUCUUUGGGUACGGUUGCAAGCAACGAAGCUACAAAAGAUAUCGAAUAAAUUUCAGCUUCAAAGAGACAUCAGCAAUACUCCGGCUGGGCUUGGACAGCUAUAUGAGCGAGAAUGGGAAUCUAUCAAUACAAAUCCUGAUGUAGACACAGAACGGGCACUCUCUCUACUCAAGUGGGCUGCAUUUUCUAUCCGACCUCUAUCAGUCAGUGAGAUCGCGGUAGCCGUGCUUAUCAAACCCGGAUGCCCUGGUGUGCCAGUGGAAGAGCUACUAGAUCCUGGUGACGGGGUACAUCUCGUAGAGGAUAUCAAGGCCCACAGUGGCUCACUUCUCGAGAUCAUUGCCGACAACAAGAGUACGAAGGGGGCGCAGAAUACAGAAGAUAUACGCUCCAUGAUGGUGCAUAUAACCCACUUCUCUGUCAAGGAAUUCAUUCUCACAAGCCUUCUGGUUUCUGAUGUUUCACUCAAACGUAACUCGGCUAUUUCUAUAUCAUACGAGCAACUUCAACAUAGUGCUCUUGCCGAAGCUUGUCUCCAGUAUAUCUUUCACCCCCACGUAUGGAAAAUGCAUGCUCUGCCAAAGGAAGCGCAUGGGUUUGAAACAGCUUUCCUCGAUUAUGCCGCAGGCAGCUGGUACACACAUGCAAACAUUGGAUCAGGAAAUGCUGAGAUUGUCAACCUGGUCAACGACUUUUUCAGCGAUACAACUGGAUGUUUUGAUGAAUGGAGACGAUGGAUCAACACACAAGCGUAUAAUCGAGGUGUAUUAUCGCAAACUCCUAAUGAAGAAAGCCAAGCAAAUCGAUUACCUUAUGCUAUAUCCAUGCGACUUAGAAGUGCCACAGAGUAUCUUCUAACCGCAGGGAACUAUGAGAUCAACGGAAGAGGAUACCACGGAGAAACGCCUCUCAUAGCAAGCUGCCGCACUGGUCAAAUUGAGGUUGUCAACCGUCUCCUCUCGUUUGGGGCAGACAUGUCCCUACCAAGCCUAGAGGGCUAUAUGCCACUCUGUAUUGCAGUAGAUCAAGGAUACAUAGACAUAGCUAGGGUUCUCUUGGAGGCGGGCGCUGAUGCCAACAUUAGAAAUAUCGAGGAAACUGGACGAAACCCACUGAUCUGGGCCUCGUCUCAUGGCCACCCAGAGCUGGCCAAGUUGCUAGUUGACAACGGGGCUGACGUCUCUUUACCAGACAAGUCGGGCAACACGCCCUUACUGGUAGCCGUUCAAGAAGGUCACCUCCAAAUCGCCCAGUUGCUGGUCGAUUCGGGGGCUGGCACCACUGCGUCUAGUAAUGGCGGACACUCACCUUUGUUCUUCGCUUGCAUGAACGGCAAUGAACCCAUCACAGAGCUACUUAUUGAUAAAGGGGUUGGCCUCCCAGGAAUGGUAGAUGAGCAUGGUUCCGCGCUCCAUGCCGCUGCAUCUGGAGGUCAUAUGGAAGUGGCCAAACUCUUACUGAACAAAGGAGCGCAAGUUGACUGCUUUGAUGAGGCCAUGAAGACGUCAAUAUACAAUGCUGUUAAUGGUGGCCAUUUUGGGAUGACGGAGCUUCUCAUUAAGGAAGGGGCAGACUUGUCACUUCGACCAAGGAGUAGUGAAAGUCUACUUCAUGCAGCGGCACGAAACGGCCACUUGGAAAUAGCCCACCUGCUAAUCGGGGCGAAAAGGGAUCUCAUCUUCACCCGGGAUGGCGUCGGAGAUAGCCCACUGAUCUCAGCUCUGUAUGCCGGACAUCUGGAACUGGCUCGACUUUUGCUUGAGGAAGAACCAACUCUGAUUCCUGCAGCAGACGACCAAGGCUGGACCCCGCUGCAUACAGCCACAUCGUUUGGCCACCUGGAGCUUUGCGAGCUCCUUCUAAGCAAGGGGGGCAAUCCAUCGUGCCAAACUGAUGAAGGGAAUACUCCACUUCACAUUACUGCAAGUGAAGGCUUCCUGGAUGUUUGCUUGCUACUUUUAGGGAAGGGAGCGAGGCCAUCAUGCCAAAACAAAGGUGGAAAUACUCCGCUUCAUAUCGCUGUGCGUGAAGGCCACUUGGAGGUAGCUAAUUCUCUUCUUGAGAAAGGAGCAGAUCUUAAUAUUGUGGAGAAAAAUGGAUGGGCUCCCAUCAAUAUUGCUGCAGUAAAGGGUCAUCUAGGUGUGACGAAGCUACUUCUUGGGAAAGGGGCAAACCUUGCUAUUGCAGAGAAGACAUCUGGAAGGACACCGCUCCUGCUCGCUGCAAGCCAAGGCCACUUGGAGAUGGUCAAGCUACUUAUUGAGAAAGGGGCAGACCUCAAUACUUCAGAUGAUGAUGGGAGGACUCCGCUCCUUUUUGCCGCAGGUCGAGGCCACUUGGAGAUGGUCAGGCUACUUCUUGAAAAGGGGGCCAGUAUCAAUACAGGAGACAAGACAUGGACCACGCCCUUGCAUGCAGCAUGCCACAGCGGCAAUAUCGAGGUGGUGGGCUUUCUACUUGGACAGCCUGGUAUUCAUCCAAAUACCCUCAAUCUCUUCGGCCGCCCGCCAUUGUGCGAUGCGGCUCGCCGUGGUCAGACUGACGUUGCCAAGGCAUUGCUCUGCAACAACGCCAGGGCAGACAUAUCGGACGGGCUUGGCCUGCCGCCUUUAUUUUACGCUUUGCGCAACGGCCAGAGCGAGGUUGUACAGCUCCUGUUACCGAAAACUCCGGGAUGGAAGAACUGGAAGGACGGCCUCGGGCGAGAUUUUGUUUGGUGGGCACAUCAUAUCAAGUCUCCGCGGAUCACGCAGCUCUUGGUGGACCAUGAUGCUGAUAUCAAAAGCUGUCACAGUGAGGAUGGCGCGAGAGACGUCUCAAGUGACCCGCCUCCCCCCUUGAGCAGAUCAAGAGGCUUUUGUGAUUGCUGUAUAGGCUCAGUGUUGAGGGGUACGCCGCUCUACUUUUGCAGCAUAUGUUGGGCUGGACAAUUUUGCAUUUGCAUCGAGUGUUUUGAAGGGGGGCUAAGAUGUUUUGACGAUUCUCAUGAGUUGACAUUAAACUAA